GAGGGCGAGAGUGAGAGGGAGAGGGAGAGGGAGAGAGAUGGAGUUCUAUGGACCAGGCUACAUGGAAGAUCAGAGCCUAAUGUUCCAAAGACAUGAACUCUGUGAUGCAAAUGAUGUUCCCCCGGAAAUGAACGAUCUCUUCUCUGGUGCUUGGAGCAUCGAUCAGUACUUAAAUGGAAGUAUUUACCCAAACACAGGUUUUCUUGGCCAGGAAGAUUAUUUCAGUGCCUUCAGUGAGGUCUAUGGCCAAUUCGGGGAUCAUCUCUUCGUGCCCCAGGCCACUGAUUCUUCCCCGUUUUCGCCUUGGAAGAUCGCUGACUCCUCGAGCAGCCUGAAUGUGGACUCGCCGCCAUUCCCCCUUGUGGAGGAGCAAUUCCCGUGGCACCCCUUGGCAGAAGAAGAGGAAUUGGAUGUCAUGAUGAGUGGCUUCCGGGCUCUCGAGGAGCCAGGAGCUUGUAAGCUGGAGCCUGCCGAGGAGCCGUUGGAGCGAGUUCUGGGUUCUAGUAGCGGGGCUGAGCUGCGCGUCAGGAGGAAGGGUCGGCCUAAGAAGGCAGGUGGACAGCCCUCGAAGAACCUGAUGGCGGAGAGACGGCGUAGGAAGCGGCUCAAUGACCGCCUCUCGAUGCUUCGGUCAAUUGUUCCAAAAAUCAGCAAGAUGGACAGGACAUCUAUACUCGGUGACACGAUCGACUACCUGAAAGAACUGUUGCAGAAUAUCAACAAUUUACAGCAUCAGCUCGAAUGGGGUCCGAACCAGUUAAACAUUAUGGACAUUCUAAAGGACAUGAGGCCAAACGAGAUGCUCGUGAGGAACUCACCCAAGUUUAAUGUUGAAAGGAGAAAUGUGGAUACGAAGAUUGAAGUCUGCUGCGCAAUGAAACCAGAGUUGCUGUUAUCGACCGUCAACAGAUUGGACUCAUUAGGCCUCGAGAUCGAGCAGUGUGUUAUCAGCUGCUUCAAUGACUUCGCAAUGCAAGCUUCCUGCUCUCACCAGCAGGUACCGGAGCAUCAGAUGGAAGUGAUUAAUCCGGAGGACAUAAAGCAAGCGUUGUUCAAAAAUGCAGGAUAUGGAGGAAGAUGUUUGUAGACAAUUCUGAGUUCUGAUACCAGCAAGAAAGAGGAGUAUAGAGAAUUGAAGUUGGACUAUGAACGAGGAGGAACUGCAAGGAUUUUUUUUGCAAUACGAGGAACUCAAGUGCGUAUUUGUUACGAGUACAAUUUUCCCGAGCUCGAUCGAGCACGAGCAGUGUAAACUUUUUGAUUGCAUUUUUAUAGUACCAUCAUGCAUGGGACAGUCCCUACGCUCUCUAGGACUGUCAUUAUGAGAGGACCUAAAGAUCUUGGAGGGUAUGGACAUUGUACCGUGAAACUACUUUAGAAGCUCCCUCUACUUGAUGAUUAUAUGAUUCACUUUCUCAAUUACGAGGGAAGCCCGUGAGUCUCGUAGAAUAAAAUUUAUAGGAUUC